AUGGGUUCCCAUGAGGGCGAUGUCAAUGCACCAGGAGGGCACGGCUCUCGCGAGCACAUUGCUACCCUUCAGGAACAAAUCCGAUCGCUGGAGGGUUUGGUGCGCCAAAUCCUUCCGGAAGGGAAUACUGCAGUUGGCAGUGGUGAAGCAGAGACCGCAACGCAACUGAAUGUGCAGCCAGCUACGGCUAUUUCCACCACAUCCACUGGUGAGGGCAUAGAAGGGCAGCAAGACAUCGCCUUCGUCCACAGUCGCCAAGCUUCGUCAGUGGUUGGACAGCCAGGCGCAAACAAUCACGACUCCCCUCGACGCAGCGGAACACAACAACAUCCUGCAGAGCAACCAAGUCCAGAAACGACAGAUGUUAUCACUAGCAAGCUCGUGCCGCGGGAGGGUUCACUUCAUAGCGCAACUAAUGUCAUGCCGGAACCUCGCGGCAAGUCUUCAUGCGUGAAUCAGACACCGCAGAUCGAGCCUGAGCGAAGACCGAAUAUGGCCAGCUUGAGUCCCAUCGACAACGAAAGGCAGAGCCGCACGCCGCAAGUCUGCCCUGGAAUUAACGGUGAGGAGGGAAUUUCCGAAGACUCUGGCAUAUACUUUGGCCCGACCUGUCAACUCCAUGUUUCGUCACCUUCUGAUGUGGUGAGAAGUGUGUCGAGCCUCCAUCCUCCACCUCCUGUCACGCAGAUCGACCUGGACUCGGACCGUCUGAAAACCCUCCUGUUCAACAACUACUGCAACUUUCAGACCCUUUCAGUCAACAUCAUCCAUCGAGAACUCUUUCUAUCACACCGAGCGCGAGGCUUGCGAUCACAGCACUACUCCAGGUUUCUGGAAAACUCCCUGCUGGCGUGCAGCGCGCGCUUGAGUACUUCGGCUGCGGUCCGCGCGUUGGGAUCAACCUUUGCGAUGCGCGCCAAGUCAGAAAUAGUGUCUGAGUUGGAAGAUCCCAACGUGGCGACGUUGCAGGGAAUGCUGCUCCUCAGCGACUACGAGAUGACUGAAGGGCGGGAUCGAGUUGGUUGGAUGUACUGUGGUAUUGCUUGUCGACUCAUUGUUGACCUUGGUCUGCACCACACGUGGAGCAAGAACAGUGACCAAGAUGCCUUGAACGCCCCUGGUGGAAGGUUCCGUGGCUCGGUCACAUUAGGCUGCUUCGUCUACGAGACCCUUUGGAGCUUGUACCUGGGCCGUCCGAGCCACAUUGCGAUCUUGAGCCCGUCCCUUUCUUCGUAUGCCGGCCAUGUAUCCGACAAUCUGACCCUGAGGGCGUGGUUUGACUUGUGUGUACUAAUCGCCGAGAUCACGACAAUCCUCGACAAGGACUCGCCUAUGCAGCCAAGCACUCUUGAUCGGCUGUCAGAACUUGACGGCAAGCUGCGCAGGUGGUAUGCAUCACUGCCCGCCGAUAUCGCACUUGAUUAUGACAACGUCUCCGGUCUCGAUGCAGUCGCGUACGGUCUGCAUAUGCAAUACUUGCGGGUGCAGAUGUUGCUGCAUUCCCUCCCAAUAUCAACCCACCGGAAGCGCAAACAAAGCGAAGGCAACGAUCAGCCUCCGGUCCUCCACAACUGGACCGCCGAGUCUUCUCGUCAGCUUGUGCAUGACAACGCGGUUAAGAUCGCCCAGCUGGGUAUCACAUACCGACAGAUUUUUGGGGUGGAAACCACUCCAUCUGUGAUGCUGGAUAAUCUAUACGUGGCGGCGACCGUCUUCAUCUCCACCGUCCUGGGAGCUGAGCACUCCUCCGUCGACGAGGAUGACCUUCGGUGGCUCCGGUUGUUGGAUGAAAUGAUGAAAGACCUGCAGCCUCAUUUCCAUAUCACCGCCAGGAUGAGGAGAACUCUUGCCCGGAUAGUGGAGGGUUGUUCCCUGCUUGUGGAUGUCUUCACGGAUGAUGUGCGGACGUCGCCCGCACAGUACAAUAACAGUAACGGAGGCCUGGACACUGCACACGGCGGCUCCUGGGGUUCUCUCGAAGCUGCCGUCAACGACUUUGUCCUCGACCCGAGUCUCUUCAACUUUGUCGACUUUGAGCUGGUUGGCGAUGGCGGGGAGUGA